UGCCAGUUGACGUCUCCAGUUUGACUUCUCCCUUAGCAUCGCCCCUCAUGAACACCUUCCCUUCUUUCUCCGCGCCUACACCCAACACACCAGGCAUCCAGUUAGCGUGCAAGCCCUGUCUUCGGGCCCCUUGGAGGAUGAAUGAUGUGCCCACACUUGACUAUGAGUUGCUGCUGUCCCCGGCUAGCUCCUCUCUCCCUGGAAUUCCUGGGGGUGGCAGCAGCAGCCCCCCUCUGACCUUAGUGGGUGCGGACAAUGAGCAACGUACCGCCUUGGCCUUUGUAGGCCUCCUCAUGCUGUUUCUGAUCUUCCUGCUGGUCAGAUGCUUCAGGAUCCUGCUGGACCCCUACAGCCGUAUGCCUGCGUCAUCCUGGACUGACCAUAAGGAGGGGCUGGAGAGGGGUCAGUUUGAUUAUGCUCUGGUUUAGGAUGAAGUAUACCUUUGGUGUGGGCAGGGAAAAAUCUAAUCGCACACAGACAGCAUGGACCGUAGACUGUAGAAAAAAAUUGCCUCUCCACUUCCUCCCAUUGGUCAAACUGCUGCUAGAAUUCCAGGGAUACAGGCAGCGCCAGAGACUGCGCAGUACUGUCCAAAAGUGGAGCCAUGCUAUCAAUGACUUGCCCACACUUCUGGCAGAUUUGCUGGCGUUUGUGUUUAAUUAAUACUGUGCUCUGCUCUACCUCUGCAAAUUACAAAAAAAAGUUUGAAUUAUACAUUGAACUUAUUACAAUUUUUUUUUCUUACUUUCCGCUUCACAAAGCAGAUGUCACAUCCUGUU